AUGUCAUUGCUUGGACAGUUACUUGAUUUAUAUUGUGAAGGAAAAUUAUGUAUUUAUUGCGUUGCAAGGUUUUCGUUUAGAAUAGGAGAACGAUACUACUCACAAAGUAUGGAAGAAAUUAUAAAUAAUUUAUUUCAAGCAGAAAAAAGAGAGGUUGUCCAUCCAAAGACCAAUUGUGUUAUUUGUUUUAAUAUGUCUAUUUAUUUUCAAAGUGAUGAAAUAGUUGAACGAAUACAUGAAGCAUUAAAAGAAUCAGGACAUGUUUAUGAAGGAACAUUUUAUAUUAAUACAUCAUUUCCACAAGCUAUUUUUGUUAGAGAAAUAGCAUUAUGUAGAUAUAUAACAAGAACAUUUCCAUCAAAGAAUUAUUCUCCUUUUAGGCUAAAAGAUACAUUAAGAUUUAUUUUAAUGAAUAAAAUUAAAGAUUGGAAAUGUGAAUUGGAAUCACCAUUAAAAUUAACAAUUGAAUUUACUCAUCAACAAUUAAGAGAAGAUGGGGAUAAACUCAUUGAAAUAUCAGUUGGAAAAAAGAGAAAAAGAAUGGAAACAUUAACAUCAACAAUAGCAAUGAAUGUCAUUGAAAAUAUUCCAUUAAAAGUAUUUGAAGAAUCAUUUACUAUUCCACCUAUUAGAAAUGAAGAAGAUCCAGGAAAGUAUAGAUUUAUAUUUGAAAGAGAUUAUAUUUAUAUUGGUGGAAGAUAUAGAAAAUACUCAAGACAAUUAAGUCAA